UUAUAAAGAUAAAUCCUUUGAUCUAUCCUAUCUAUCACCAUAUCUAUGUAUGGCAUUUAAUGAUUUCUUAUCUUCCCUUCAAUUUCAUUUUUUUCUCUGCCCAUCAAUUUCCAGACUCCCAAUUCUAAAAAAACCCAGCUCACACUAGCUCCCAUUUCUUUUAACCAAACAAUUCCUCCGUCUUGUUUUUGAUUAAUAGUCAGUUGAAAUGUUAAUAUAAUCUGUAAAUUAUUAGAGAAAAAGUCAGAAUCAGAGAGCCCAAGAAAGAAUCUCAAGGCUUUGACAGAGACGUAAAGAUCAAGAAAUGAUAUUUUCUAUAUUUCUUGGCUAAAAUUAGCAGUAAUUUUAAUUCUAUUUUCAAGAAAGAAUCCCAUUAAUGGAGUCUUGUUCUUCUGAUAAUUAUUUACCUUCUUCAUCUUCCUCCUCUUCUUUAUCUUCUGAUGUUGGUGUUAAUACCACCAGUAUUAGCAAUUCAAGAAGAUAUGGGUUAAAUAUUGCGGCUUCUAAUUUGAUUCAUGCUCCGUUAACUACCCUUUUGGAGUAUUCGGGCAUUCUUGGAGGUGGAGGUGGAAGGGGAGGCGCCACCGGUUCUCCUCCUUCUUCUCCUCCGUCGUCUUCUCGGGGGUUUAAUAGAGGUGGUGGUGGUGGUGAUGAUCAUCAUCAGGAGGUUACUAUUAGGAUAAUUAGUGGCGGCGGCGGCGGUGGUAAUGGUGGUGGGGUGGAAUCUUCAACCUCGGCUUUGUUAAAUGAUCAACCUGGUGGUGGUGAAGUGUUACCUGAAACGCUAGCUUCUGAUGGGGCGGUGGCUGGGGGUACUACUGAUGCCUCUUCUUCUAAUUCUUCUUCUUAUCAGAGAUAUGAUAUUCAAAAUAUUGCUAGGUGGAUUGAGCAAAUUCUUCCCUUUUCUUUGCUACUAUUGCUUGUUUUCAUUCGCCAGCAUUUACAAGGGUUUUGUGUGACAUUAUGGAUUGCUGCUGUUUUAUUCAAAUCAAAUGAUGUUUUAAGGAAACAGACGGCGUUAAAGGGAGAGAGAAAGAACUAUGUACUUGUAACCAUGACUGUAUUGUUCAUGCUUCACGUGGUAUCCAUUUAUUGGUGGUAUUUAAAUGAUGAUCUUCUUUACCCGUUGGCUUUGCUUCCGCCUACCAAAGUGCCUCCUUUCUGGCAUGCUGUAUUUAUAAUUGUGGUUAACGAUGCUAUGGCGCGGCAGGUAGCUAUGGCUUUCAAAUGUAUACUUUUGCUGUAUUACAAGAAUAGUAGAGGGCAAAAUUACCGGAAGCAGGGUCAAAUGCUGACUCUCAUGGAGUAUUUUUUGUUGCUAUAUCGUGCCUUGUUGCCAGCACCUGUCUGGUAUAGAUUCUUCUUAAAUAAAGAGUACGGGAGCUUAUUUUCUUCAUUAAUUACAGGAUUGUAUUUGACCUUCAAGCUUACAUCAGUUUUGAGGAAGGUUCAACUGUUCUUUACUGCGUUGAGGGCUUUAUCACGUAAAGAAAUGCAUUAUGGUUCUUAUGCCACAUCUGAGCAGGUCAAUGCAGCAGGGGAUCUCUGUGCUAUUUGCCAGGAGAAGAUGCAUGCACCCAUUUUGCUGCGCUGCAAGCACAUCUUUUGCGAAGAUUGUGUAUCAGAAUGGUUUGAGAGAGAAAGAACAUGUCCAUUGUGCAGAGCAUUGGUAAAACCGGCAGAUAUCAGAUCGUACAGUGAUGGUUCAACUAGUUUGUAUUUCCAGUUAUUCUAACAUUUUCUGCUUGAUGAGGACCCUCGCAAACCUCUUGUACUUUGAAACGGCGCGUUGGUGUUGUGUUCAAACUUUCUCACCAUCAAAAGGCUAGUUAGAGGUGAAAAUGCAAGCCUGUUUACUGUAAUUUGUAUAAAAUACACAAUCUCUGUAGCUCUGACUGUCCAUUUACUACAUCAGUCCUCCUUUGUAUCAUAUCGCUUGUAGUCUAUUAUAACAUCAACCAAAAGUUAUAUCUGAUUGCAAAAUAAAUUGAGAUCUGCUUAUGUGAUCUCAUUAUAGAUUUGCUUCAUAA